AUCCACGGCGAAGUGCUGACCGGAGCGAGGGGGACUGCUUUCAGCGGACGGCUCUGAGUGGACGCUUCGAGAACCACUUUGUGCUACAAUCUCCGUUUAUCCUAUUGUGGGUUUCCUCUGGUCUCCCAUGGCGGAUUCAUCCGGCAAGCACGGGCGUGAUCAGCCUCUGGAUUUCCAGGGGUUUUUGAAUGACUUGCAGGAUUGGGAACUCUCCCUUAAUGGAAGAGACAAGAAAUUGAAGCCACAUGCCAUUAGUAAAGAAAAGGAGGGUGGAAGGCAGCCAGUUAAAGCUACAGCAGCUGAUUACUUGAAGCACUAUGAUGCAGUUAAGAGUCUAUCAACAAAAUCUCAUACCGAGCAGAGUUUUGUUGAUGCUGCUUCAGAGAAAGAACAGGGUAACGAGUAUUUUAAGCAAAAGAAGUUUAAGGAAGCUAUUGGCUGCUAUUCAAGAAGCAUUGCUUUGUCUCCAACAGCUGUAGCCUUUGCAAAUAGGGCCAUGGCCUACCUAAAAAUCAGAAGAUUUCAGGAAGCUGAGGAUGACUGUACAGAGGCCUUAAAUUUAGAUGAUCGAUAUAUUAAAGCAUAUUCACGCAGAGCAACAGCUAGAAAGGAACUUGGGAAGGCUAAAGAAGCCUUGGAAGAUGCUGAAUUUGCUCAGAGGUUGGAGCCUAACAACCAAGAGAUCAAGAAGCAACAUGCUGAGCUCAGAGCUUUUGUUGGAAAAGCAAUUCUUGAGAAGGCAUCUGGUGCUUCGAGAAGCUCCACGAAAGAGAAGAAGAUGGUUGGAAAAUCUGACUCUGAAGCAAAAAUUCAGGACAUCCCUCCAGUCUCAAGCAGCACACUAAGGUCGGGGUUAUCGGCAGCUCAAGACCACAUUGAAGAAAAUGGUGGAGAAAAAGCUGUCAAGGAAUCUGCACGUUUAGAGGGAACCGAGGGCAGAAGUACAGGAGCUGAAAUCAGAUACAAAAGAGAAGCAACAAAUGGUGUUCACAAAGACCCAAAUUCGAAUUUGGGGGCACUGGAGAGAAAUCAUGUUUCAAGAAAGCAGGAACUGAAGCCUUCAGUUCAGGAACUUGCUUCUCGAGCAGCUUCUAGAAGUAUGGUUGAAGCUGCAAAAAACAUUGUAGCCCCAACCACUGCCUAUCAAUUUGAAGUUUCUUGGCGAGGAUUCUCUGGUGAUCGUGCACUGCAGGCUCAACUUCUAAAGGCCAUCUCUCCAGCCAAGUUGCCUCCGAUAUUCAAGAAUGCACUAUCAGCUCCAAUUUUAAUAGACAUUGUCAAGUGCGUGGCUACCUUUUUCACCGAAGAGAUGGCUUUGGCUAUCAGUUUCUUAGAAAAUUUAGCCAAGGUCCCAAGAUUCAGCAUACUCAUGAUGUGUCUUCCAUCCAAUGAAAAGUCUGAUCUCCUCAAGAUUUGGGAUGGAGUAUUUUGUGAUGAGGCUGUUCCAAUUGAGUACGCAGAAAUGCUCGACAGCUUGCGUUCAAAGUAUUUCCUUAAAUUAUGACAAACGUUGCUUGAAUGAGAAGAAGCACUUGCCUCUCUUAAAGUCAACCCUGCUGCUUUUCUUCAGUGUAAAGUAUCCACUUACUUGCUCCUCUGUUUUUGGGGUCACAGUUUGACAAUUGGCAUGUUAACAUAUGUGACUAAAAAAAUGUCCCAUUUCUAGAGCAAUCUACCUGUCAAUUCUCUUCUA